AAUGUAACAAUUCGACACCUUGUUGGUGGUUCGCCUGAUAAAGGAGGAAUGUACAAAAGAAAUUGGAGAAUGGCUGCGCCCAUGGAAGCAAUUCCUAAACAUCACCAACAAGACGAAGUGUGUUCUACACGCGCACCUUAUCGAGAAGGUAGAAUACCGAAAGCUGUUAAGGUAUACACAGUCAACCAUGAGUCGCACUAUGUUCUGGUGCAGGGUGUGCCAGCGGUUGGCGCCAGUCAUGAACUUGUCAAACUGUUUGCGCUGUAUGGUGCGAUCGAUGAGUAUCGUAUUCUGGACGACUACCCGAGUGAAGACUUCACUGAAGUGUAUCUUAUCUGUUUCAAGAAAAUCCAGUCAGCCAGAUUUGCCAAAAAGAAGCUCGAUGAUUACUCCUUUUUUGGUGGAGUACUCCAUGUCUGUUAUGCCCCAGAAUAUGAGACUGUCGAAGAAACACGUCAAAAGCUGCAGGAUCGACGAAAAGUAAUUGCUGCUAAAACAAGACAAAAUGCAUCAACUACUUUUACUUCAUCACUGGAAGGUGCAGGUAACAGUGGAAUGAUGUCAUCAGAAGUGCUUUCAUCAGUAAUAACCAGAGAUACCCAUUUCAGUACACAUGGUAACCAAUUACAUGAUAAGUCUGUCGAAAGUUCACAAAUACACAGCUCAAAUCAUUUUCCUGGAAACAGCAGUAAAGUACCGCAGUCGACAUCCAAUUUCCCCAGCCAUACAUAUUUCAACUCACAGAAACAUGGAGGUGCUCCUCUUCAAAGGGAAGACAACUCUUUGGAAAUAAACUUUCGGAUACCACCCCCACCUCUUCCAGGGCAAAAUCCAAGCUAUUUUCAAAGUCACAAGUCAAAGUUUGAAUUCGCACAAGUGCAAAGUUCCCAUUCAACUCUACCUCCAAACUUUGAUGGCAGAUUACCAUUUCACUCAAAUUCAAAGAGUAAAGAUUUCACAUCGAUCACUGAUUUGAACACACAGAAUUCAAACAAGUUUAGUAGCCCAUCGUCAAAUAAUUUAAAUGCUUCAAAAGACAGAAGUAUUACUGGACCUAAAAUAUCACAUAGUGCAGAAGAUAAAAGUUUAGCAAAAGUACCAGGAAAUGUUAAUGGUGGACUCGUUGUUCGGGAUUAUAAAAAGAAGGGUCCCGUACCUCGGUUUGUGCCGAGACAAGCUAUGACUAGUAAAGACAAAGCAAGUAAAGCCACAGAGUCUCAAGGCAAACAGUCGGCAGAUGACGAACUCAACAAACGGAUAAAGAGCGAUGCUUUCAAGCUGGGCCAUGUUGAAGGACCGACUUUACCAAACAGCGACGCCUUGAAGGCACCUUUGAAUAUCCCUGCUGAGCAGGAACAGUCGGUGAAUCAAACUGUACUGGACAUUAGAAAACGAAUUUCAAAGUUCAUCUCGGAAAGCACCCCAAACACAAAGAAGACGAAAACAAGUUGAUCUAGUUCUUAAAAAAAUACUUUGUUUUGUUAUAAAUUUAAAGCUGUU